AUGGAUUUUCCCCAGCCUAAGUUCCCGGCUCGGAUAGGCGGCCUAUCGUGGAAUGACGACGGCGAUGACUCCGACUCGGAAUCAGAAUCGGGAUCCAUGGGAAGCGGCGUGGGCCUCUUAGGAGGCUCUGGCGAAAUUCCCCGCUCCGAAAGCUCCGCCUGGAAAGCCGGCCGCGGGGGAAGCGUAGGGGGAGGAGGGGAGAGAAGUGGGAGUUUAUUAGGGGGUGCUGGCGACAUAGCAGGUAUCGGGUUCAGCGGCGGGCUCAGCGGCGUAAUUAGCGGCGGAAUUAGCGGCGCUAGCAGCGGCAGCGGAGGGGGAGGAGGGGAGAGGAGGGUGAAGUUCGAUACUCCAGACGCUCCGGCAUCGGUCUCGACCACAGGCGGAGCUCCAGCUCCUCCUAAGCCUCGUCAUUCCCGCGCGCUGUCGUCCGAAGCUCCUGACUUGCUCGCGCCCAAACCUAACGCCCGCCGUGCACGGACGACUGCCUCUGCUAUUUUUACUCGGCCUAAUCAACCAAGCGUUUCAGGCUCCGAUAGUAUUCCCCAAGACGCCUCCGCGGACAGAUUCGCUUCCCCCGGGGGGUUUCGCCGGCAGCGCCAAGACUCCAUUGGGGGAGGCAUCCCUGGCGCGGGGGGGAUGCGCCAGAUGCUCACUCCGGGCAGCGCCGCCGCAGCAGCCGCGCGGCAGCGGCGCAUGUCCGUCCAAUUCGCGUCAGGCUUCUCAAAACCCACGGGAUUGCAGCUGCCAGGGUCCGUGGGGCAAGGCGGACCCAUGACCCCCACCGCUGGAGGCAACCCCACAACUGCGACUAAGAAAGUGCAGAAAUCGAUGAUGAUGUGCAUGGAUCCGACGUGUAACGCGUGCCCGCCUGAAAUGCAUGCUCUGCGGAAUAAGAAACUCAUGGCUCAGGUUAUAGACGAGUUUCCGGAGCCUAUGGCAAGGCCCACGAGGCGAGGGGGGAGGGGAGGCGGAAGGGGAGGAGGAGGGGAUGAUGAUGAUGACAGUGAUUAUGAUUUUGAUGAUGAUGAUGACGAUGAUGAUGACGAGUAUGGGUAUGAUUAUGACGCGGAGCAGGGGCAGCGGACGAUUGUGCGCUUCUGUGGAGUCACUUGCUUCACAUACACCUCCAAGCCGCCAAAGCGCAAAAAGCGCAAGUCGCGGUGGACCAAAGCCUGGCAGGACGUGCAGGACUUCUUUCAGCCCGUCAGCAUGCUGUGGCAGCCGUGGGGCAUCCUGAACCCGCAUUCCAAGUUCAUGGCGCGGUGGAACAAGGUGUUCAUGGUGGCGUCCAUUCUUGGAUUCACCAUUGAUCCCUGGUUCCUCUUCACCCUCCAGGCGCUCAACCAAGUGGCGCCCCAGCCGGCCAUGCUGUGCCUCACUCUUGACUGGACGGCAGCCAUCACCUUCACUGUGCUGCGCUCCUUUGUCGACCUCUGCUACGUCAUUCAAAUCGUCGUUCAGUUCCGCAUGGCCUACAUCGUGCCGCCCCCCACCAACCGCAAGAACCGCUUCUUCCGCCGCUGGUGGGCCGACCGCUCCCUGCAGAGCCCAGGCGACCUCGAGUUUGACGCGCGCGUCAUUGCCAGCCGCUACCUGCGCUCCUGGUUCCUCAUUGACGUGCUGGCUGCCCUGCCCAUCCCCCAGAUAGUGAUGCUGGUGAUAGUGCCAAUGAUGGGUCGAUCAGUCCCCUCCAACACCGGAGUCGCCAUGACAGUGCUCUGCCUCGCAGCCCUCUUCGCUCAGAACGUCCCCCGAGCCAUCCGCUUCUUCCCCAUCCUCUCGGGCAACGCGCCGCACGUCACGGGACUCGUGUUUGAGACGGCGUGGGCCAACUUUCUCCUCAACUUCGUGUUCUAUCUCAUGGCGUCCAACAUCGUGGGCAGCAUGUGGUACUUUCUCGCUGCCUCGCGCUUCACAACGUGUAUGGCGGGCCAGUGUGCCACUCAGGGAGACGCCUGUCAGCCCGAGUACAUGUACUGUGUCGACCAAAACGCCAUCGCCUACCAGAACCCAGCAGCCGAGGCCGCGUGGGCCACAGGCCCUGCCAGCGCAUGCCUGGUGUCAGACAAUCCGAGCAGUGACGCCCCGCCUACCCCAAUCGAUUACGGUAUCUUCACCAACGCGGUUCCGCUCGUGGUGGAAGGCGCGUUUCUCUCCAAGUACAUCUACUCCUUCUUCUGGGGCUUCCAGCAAGUGAGCACACUAGCGGGCAAUCUGCAGCCGUCGAGGUGGGAUCCCGAGGUGCUCUUUGUCAUCCUCGUUAUAGGGCUGGGGCUCGUGCUGCUCGCACUGCUUAUUGGCAACAUCUCCAACUUUCUACAAGCGCUCAGUAGAAGGUCUUUUGAGUACCAGUUGCAGCGGCAUGACAUUGACUCGUGGAUGGAGAGACGCAACCUGCCCCUCAGCCUCCAAAAGCGCGUGCAGAAGCAGCAGCGGCUGCACUGGGUGGCAACGAGGGGAGUGGAGGAGGCGGAGGUGCUGGAUAAGCUGUCGGACGACAUUCAGACGGACGUGCGCCGCAGCCUCUGCCUCGAGCUUCUGCAGUGUUCGGCGCUCUUUUUCGCCAUGGAGCCGCAGGUCCUGGACGCGUUUUGUGAGAAGCUGAGGCAGCAGCUGUACAUAGAGGGCACGGUCAUCCUCAAGGAGGGGUACCCCGUGUCGCGCCUCUUCUUUGUGCUGCGCGGCCAGCUCGAGAGCUACACCACCAUCGGCGGGCGCGCAGGCUUUGUGGACAGUGUGCUGCUGGGGAAGGGGGACUUUCUGGGGGAGGAGCUUCUGGUGGAAUACCUCGAGAAGCUGUCGGACGGCAACAAGAGCCGACGCUCAGGCACCCAGAUUCGCUACCUGGGCCGAUCCAUAACGAUGGGUGCGAGCGCAUCGGCGUCAGCAGCAGCGCUGGGCACAUUAGCAAUCGACGUGCUGCCGACAGCGCAGCGCACGGUGCGGUGCAUCGGGCCCGUUGAGGGCUACGAGCUUGAAGCCACCGAUGUGGCCGUGGUGUGCCGGCAGUUCGCCCGCAUGCUCGCCACCAGCAAGAUCCAGGCGGCCCUCAAUGAGUGCUGUCACAACCGACGCACACACGCCGCCAGAACCAUCCAGCUCGCAUGGAGGCGGCACCUGAGAAAGAAAUACGGACUGACCAUCCAGCAGGUUAUGAGUGCAGUGAACCAGAACCGCAUGCAGCUGGUGGUGCGCAAGGCGCUGGAGUUGCAGGUUGGGGGGGGCAGCGCACGCAGAGACAGUGAAGCUGGGGAGGAUUCAAGAAACAACAGCAGGCGGAUGUGA